AUGGAGUGUCCGCACCUCAGCUCCAGCGUCUGCAUCGCUCCGGACUCAGCCAAGUUCCCCAACGGCUCCCCGUCGUCUUGGUGCUGCAGCGUGUGCCGAUCCAACAAAAGCCCCUGGGUCUGUUUGACUUGUUCAAGUGUCCACUGUGGAAGGUAUGUGAAUGGCCAUGCAAAGAAGCAUUAUGAAGAUGCACAAGUACCCUUAACCAACCAUAAGAAAUCAGAAAAACAAGAUAAAGCUCAGCACACAGUGUGUAUGGAUUGUAGUAGCUACAGUACAUACUGUUAUCGCUGUGAUGAUUUUGUGGUUAAUGACACCAAGCUGGGACUGGUACAGAAAGUCAGAGAACACUUGCAGAACUUGGAAAACUCAGCUUUCGCAGCUGACAGGCAUAGGAAAAGAAAACUUUUGGAAAACUCAUCACUAAACACCAAGUUACUAAAAGUAAAUGGAAGCACCACUGCUAUUUGUGCCACUGGCCUUCGGAAUUUGGGAAACACGUGUUUUAUGAAUGCCAUCCUUCAGUCACUCAGUAACAUUGAACAGUUUUGCUGUUAUUUCAAAGAACUGCCUGCUGUGGAGUUAAGGAAUGGGAAGACGGCAGGAAGGCGAACAUACCACACCAGGAGCCAAGGGGAUAACAACGUGUCUUUGGUGGAAGAGUUUAGAAAGACACUAUGUGCUUUAUGGCAAGGUAGCCAAACUGCAUUUAGCCCAGAGUCCUUAUUUUAUGUUGUUUGGAAGAUUAUGCCAAAUUUUAGGGGCUACCAGCAGCAGGAUGCCCAUGAAUUCAUGCGCUACCUUUUGGACCACCUGCACUUGGAACUCCAGGGCGGUUUCAAUGGUGUAUCCUGCUCACCAAUUCUGCAGGAGAAUUCUACCCUGUCUGCAAGUAACAAAUGUUGCAUAAAUGGAGCAUCUACAGUUGUCACGGCUAUAUUUGGAGGCAUUCUCCAAAAUGAGGUUAACUGCCUUAUAUGUGGGACAGAAUCUAGAAAGUUUGAUCCAUUCCUAGACCUUUCAUUAGAUAUUCCAAGUCAAUUCAGAAAUAAGCGCUCUAAGAAUCAAGAAAAUGGACCAGUUUGUUCAUUACGAGAUUGUCUUCGCAGUUUUACCGACCUGGAAGAGCUUGAUGAGACAGAGUUAUAUAUGUGCCACAAAUGCAAAAAGAAACAAAAGUCCACUAAAAAGUUCUGGAUUCAAAAACUACCCAAGGUGCUAUGCUUACAUUUGAAAAGAUUUCAUUGGACAGCAUAUUUAAGAAACAAGGUUGACACAUAUGUAGAGUUUCCACUGAGAGGACUAGACAUGAAAUGCUACUUACUAGAGCCUGAGAACAGUGGCCCUGAGAGCUGCCUGUACGACCUCGCCGCGGUGGUGGUGCACCAUGGGUCCGGGGUGGGCUCCGGACAUUACACGGCGUAUGCGGCUCACGGAGGCCGCUGGUUCCACUUCAACGACAGCACGGUGACGCUGGCGGAGGAAGACGCCGUGGCGAAGGCCAAGGCCUACAUCCUCUUCUACGUGGAGCGCCGGGCCAGAGCCGCCGCGGAUAAGCUUUAA